AUGCAGCGGAAAGGGUUCUCGUGGGAGCGGCAUCGAGGUCCUGCACCAUUUCUCAGCAGUCAUCGAGCACCGGACAGGAUCCGGGACGCCGUGCCGCUGCGCAAUCGACCUCCACGCACAGAUUGGCCUCAGGAUGUGAUGAUCAUCGGGAUUUGCCAAAAAGAUGGUGCAGGCAUUAUCAAAUUCCGCUGGUACACACGAAAGAACUCGGUUCUAACAAAGGAGUUCCUCGUUCCCCGAGGUCUGCCAGGCGAGGUAGUCACUGUCGAAUUCGGCAAGGUGGUGGAGAAGAAGUACCCGAAGGGCGAUCUUGAUGUGUAUGUCAACCCGAAAGUACAAAAGGUCCGUCGAAGUCGCUAUGAGAUCCGUCCACUUUGUCCACAUUACGAUUCUUGUGGCGGCUGCGAUUUCCUAGACCUUCGGUAUGAACGUCAGCUGAUAGAGAAAACACGAUGGAUCCAGAAAGCACUCGGCCAGGGUAAGAUCCCAAUGGGACAUUUGGCACGAAUGCGACCGUCGACGCCUCAGCAGCAUUAUGCGUAUCGGAUGGAGCUGAUGUUUCACGAAAGCGAUGGCGAUGUUUUCAUCGCACCGUCUGGAUUCGCUCCAGAAGCUCGACCUCAAGGCGAGGGACUGCACGGCUGUAUCUUGCCACCCCGUGCAGGGGUCCGCAUCUUGAGCAUUUUCUCCGACGUCUUUAUGAGCUUUCGGCAAACCAAAAAAUCGAGGUAUAGCAUAUACAAUGAGCUGAGGAGCUGGGGAACGUUUAGAAGUGUUAUGGUCUUCACCGCACGCGGACCCCCUCGAACGGACAGUACCCGGCGGACCGAAGUGCUCUUGAAUAUUGUUCUUGGCAAUGAGGUUGAGGAUGUGAAAGGGGUGUUGCAGCCUUUGGCAGAUGCCCUUGUCGAAGCCGCUCCUCGCAGCCUGGUUGGCAUCGUUGCAAACGUUGCGCGAUCUCGACGUGCUGCGAUGGGCGGGCGAAGAGAGGUGCUGCUAUAUGGCAGAAGAUACGUGCGGCAAUCCUUCGAGGUUAACCUUGGUGGUGACCUACGCCGCUUUCUGCUGGAAAUUGGUGCUGGCUCCCGGUUGGCAGCACAUGGAGGUCUGCUCAGAGAGUUAUGCGAGACUGUGAUUGCAAUGUGUGGCUUAACCGAGACUGACACAUUGUGGCACUGUUUCUGCAGUGGGGGUGAGCUAAGUUUGGCUCUCGGGCAGCUUUGUGAGCAUGUUGUUGCCAUUGGUACAUCAGCAACAGAAGUUGGAGAGCUCAAGAGGAAUCUGGCGGCAAACAAUGUGUCCAACACCACGACAGUUCUGUGCAAUCUCAGGAGUCCUUUCACCCUGAAGCAGCUUUCCUUCCACAUCUCACAGUCACAGCAACAACGACUGCUGCUCGGCACUGGGAAAGAGCAGGACAAGGCACGGGAAUAUGCACUUACUUGUUUCGUUCCAGGUGAAAGCCGCCGACGGCAAUUGCAAAGACUCACGGCUGCACCUUUCAAUGCUCCGUUGCUGCGGAAAGAUGCGCUGGCACAUCAGGAACUGCAGCUUUUGUUGCCAGCCUUUGUUCGCGACUUUCGCCCCGUGCUGACAACCUUGCCUGUCCCCUUGAGCCGCAACGAUUCGGAGGACACGCCGCAAGUCCGCGAAGUUCCUCCUGAAAUGGAAACCCGAUUAAAGCGACUGUACAGAAGACUAGCUUUGAAAUACCACCCUGACAAAAACCCAAACGAUGCUGAUGCUUCCGAGCGGUUCCAGGCACUGACACGAGCUUAUAAGGCCCUUGUUGGAGAGACGGCGGGAACGGAAGAAGGGGAUGAAGAUGCUGUGGAUCCGUUCCUCGUCGCGAAGGCCAGCUCAUAUAGAGUGAAGUCGAAGAAUUUCUGGCGAUAUGAAAGGUCUGUACGAAAGGCUCGUCCAGGACAGGAGAGUGGUAGCACAGAAGAAGGUGAAGAGGACAGAGAUAGGGACAUGGAUGAAACUGAAGCCAAAGUGGCAGAAGCCUUCGGUGAAGACGAAGGUGAAAAUGAGGAGUGGGAUGUAGAAGAUGGAGACUCCGACAUCGAGAUCGAGAUGGAGAUUGACAGCGCCUGGGCCCAAGCGGCCCAGCCAGAGAGCCUUGGACCUGGGCACCAGCAAGACAAGACUGCCACUGCCUCGGCCUCUGCGGCCUCUGCGAUGGACGUGGUGCUACAUGAUGGCGACACAAGACUCGCACACGCCGGAACAGAAUCAUCAGCUCCGACGCUUCCUCCUCCCGAUGUGAUUCUUUGUUGCCAGCCGAGGAAUCGCAAGAAGGGCCGGGGCACGCCCAGUUAUUUUCACAGCUGGCUGCGAUCAACAGCUGCUCGUGCCAUCGUCUAUGUAUCCGUUGAUGCUUCAGCUUUCCGGGCUGAUGCAGAGCACCUUCGCGAGCUAGGUUACCACGUCACCAAAGUUCAGCCCUUCGACCCGGAACCUCACCGCAAGCCCGUCCUGCUGAUCAGCUGCUGCCCGGCGCACCCGGACUUCUGCCGGACGUCCAGCCAGUCCUUGUUGCUGGGGGCUAUCGGCCCAGGCCCUGCGCCGCCACCGCCGGAGCUGCUGAGGUACAAAAAAGCUUUGUAUUUGAUUGUAGUUGGUUAUAUGGUUGUGCUACUCAUGUCGCUGACAGCUGGAGCCUUCAAUGCUGGCAUCAAUUAUGUCUUUGUUCUGGCGGCAGCUGCUGCGAUGGCAUCAAGAUCUGACCAGUGCAUGAGCACAUGCAUCGUUCCUUUUUUUCUCUUAGCCUUCAUCUCAUUGUUCUUCGACAUACUGAAUGUCAUCAGUCUACUUGCAGAACCAUACCCUGGAGCGGGCAACAUGUUUUCCAGCGAUUGCCCCAAGCCAUUGGAAGCGACUCUACUGAAGAACACCACCAUCUAUUUACAAGAUGCGGCUGUGAACGGUACCGCCGCAUAUACCGUUCCAGCCAAUACAAAGGUAGACAUCCCACGAAAUUUGUGUAGCAGCCGAUGGGUAGUCCAAAACGUGGCAAUGCUUCUUGGUGUCCUUUUGGAUUUUGUUGCGACGAGAGUGGGCUACAGAAUGUUCAAGACUAGUGUGGAGUUGAUGCAGGGCCAGGGCCAGGGGCAGGCCGGUUUGGGCCAGCAGCUGAUGAUGACUCAACAAUCUCCACUACAAGGAGGUGAGCAGCCUGGAAACGGACCUGGUGGUGCAGGAGGGCCUUCCAGGAAUCCGCGCGGACAGGGUUUUCAACCUUUUCAGGGCUCUGGCCAGACACUCUCCGCUUGA